AGUCGCUCUUUGACGAUUUGGAUAUUACGAAGUUACAAUCAUUUUCUCUAUUGGAAAUGUACUGAUCUUCUGUAAUGCCAUUGUGAUCUGCACGAUGUUCGAGAGUCGACGUGCCCGAGACCGCUACCGCCUUCGUCUACAUCGCGCGCGCUCCGUCGUCCUCACUCCUGAGGAGCUUGUAGAGAUCCGCGCGGCGCAACGUACGUUCGAGGGUGCGUACAUCCGCACCAGUCUCAGCCAAUUCAGCUUCGCGCUGGUCGUGCUGAAGAUCUUCACCAGCGAGUUUUACAGCAUUGGUGCAUUGUUUGCCGUGUAUGGCGCGGGCGUGCUCGGCGUAAGCGCGUACAGGCGCAUGCAGGGCAACAGGCAAUUCUUCAGUGAGAUGGGUUCCGAUGGUCUAAGCAGGAAGCGCUUUCGUACCAGCGGUAAUGUUGUGGUGGUUCUGACCAGCAUGAGCAUCGCCGCAUACAUCACGUUGUUGGUGCUGACCAUUAGGCUUGGUCAGACUUGAGUCUCGCAGUUCUGUUGUAACGAGGAAUCUGGCCGCCUGUCAAAAAUUGUAGAGCUGGCAUCUGUCUUUGAUGAUGUUAGUCUUCGAUCUCUAUGAAGUCUAUGUACGGGCUUUGUUCGUCGACCUGUGUCCUGACAAUCGAACGACGAGGAGAAUACGAUUUACCGUAGUCCCACGUUGUUCCACCCGAUCAAGAUCAAACUUUGAACUCGCUACAUCACAUCCCAGCAUUUAGGCACAGCCAAUUUGUCGAGGCAUUUCAAUGCAAACAUCAUGACAUUUCCUGUCGACAAGUC